CGCUAAGAUGGUAUUUUCUUUCCUUUCUUUUUUCCCUUUUUCUUUUUUUCUUUUUCCUUUCUUUUUUCGAACGGCGCCGGCGCAUCUCUGGGUGAGAUAUGCGCUCAAAACGAGGUGGGCCCCUAGUCCACCUACUUGUCAAUUCCGCGUCCGCAGACACCGACACCAUCUGACCCGGGGGCGGGACACACUCCCAUCGGCGGUGCCUGGCUGCUACUGCUGCUGUUCCUGCCGUGAAACCAAACAACGUGCAGUAGGUUCGAAGAGCAGCAGGGAGUUUUUCGUUCUGCAAAGCUGCAACGACACCCGAACUCUCCAGCAACCACCUCUCCCGGUAUAUCCGUCCAUUUCAAACCAACGAACGAACAACGACGUGCCCACCGACACAUACCGCACCGGUGGCGGGGAGGGGGUGCGGGCAACCUUGUGCGGGUCGUUGCAAUUCCUAGUGGCCAGUCAGUCAGCCAUCCAGCCAUCCAGCGGCCAGCCAGCCAUCCAGCCAUAACGAAAUCACAGGAGAAAAUAAAAAAGAAAAAGAAAAGAAAAGGAUCACAAACCAACAGGCAAGAAAAAAAUAUUUUUUAAAAAGGGAAUCCAGACA